CUUUACCCAGAUUCCGACAAAAUCCACUCGUUUGAUUCACCACUAUAUAUAAUUGAGCGGAGAAGCUUGACAUGAAGAGCAGAGUCAUUCUUAACCAUAGAGACAGAAGAGAUAAGAACAAUAACAAUAAUUACACACAGAUUGAUACUAUGGAGAGAAAGCCUCUUGAGGUUGAGCCAUCAACGACGACCACCACCUACUCCGCCGUCGAUGGCGGUGGUUCUGAUGGUGUGACUUCGAAGGUCGAGGAGGAGCAAAGAAAAAUCGUUUAUAGAGGAUGGAAAGUCAUGCCUUUUAUCAUUGGUAAUGAGACAUUUGAGAAGCUUGGGAUCAUAGGGACAUUAUCAAACCUUCUUGUGUACCUAACUUCUGUAUUCAACCUUAAGAGCUACACAGCUGCAACUAUCAUCAAUGCCUUUAGUGGUACAAUCAACUUCGGGACUUUUAUUGCUGCUUUUCUUUGCGACACUUACUUUGGACGCUACAAGACUCUCAGUGUCGCUGUCAUCGCUUGUUUUCUGGGAUCGGUUGUGAUACUACUGACUGCUGCAGUUCCGUCAUUGCACCCCAUUGCUUGCGGAAACAAAAGCUUGUGCGAAGGGCCGAGUGCGGGACAGAUACUGUUUCUGCUGAUGGGUUUAGGGUUUCUUGUGGUAGGUGCGGGUGGUAUCAGACCGUGUAAUUUAGCGUUUGGUGCUGAUCAGUUCAACCCCAAAACCGAAUCUGGAAAGAAAGGGAUCAACAGUUUCUUCAACUGGUAUUUCUUCACUUUUACGUUCGCGCAGAUCAUCUCGCUCACGGCAGUUGUGUAUAUCCAGUCAAAUGUGAGUUGGACGAUCGGUUUGAUCAUUCCAGUGUCUCUUAUGUUCUUGGCGUGUGUGAUCUUCUUUGCUGGCGAUAAAUUGUAUGUAAAAGUGAAAGCCUCGGGUAGUCCAUUGGCUGGUAUUGCUCGUGUUAUAGCAGCCGCAAUCAAGAAACGAGGAUUGAAGCCGGUUAAGCAGCCUUGGGUCAAUCUUUACAACCACAUUCCGCCUAACUAUCCUAAUACUACUCUAAAAUACACUGACCAGUUCAGAUUUCUAGACAAAGCAGCAAUUAUGACCCCCGAGGAGAAGUUGAACUCUGAUGGAGCGGCUUCCGAUCCAUGGAAACUAUGCACGUUGCAGCAAGUGGAAGAAGUGAAAUGCAUUGUUAGAGUGAUUCCAAUCUGGUUUGCUUCCACGAUUUACUACCUUGCAAUAACGAUACAAAUGACUUAUCCGGUCUUCCAAGCGAUCCAGAGCGACCGACGAUUAGGUUCUGGUGGCUUCAGGAUUCCCGCGGCCACCUAUGUAGUGUUCUUGAUGACUGGCAUGACAGUUUUCAUCAUAUUCUAUGACCGUGUACUUGUCCCGUCGCUCAGAAGAGUGACCGGGAUAGAAACCGGUAUAUCACUCUUACAAAGAAUCGGAGCAGGCUUUACAUUUGCGAUACUGAGUUUAUUAGUUUCCGGGUUUAUAGAGGAAAGGAGAAGAACCUUUGCACUGACCAAACCGACACUCGGGAUGGCGCCUCGGACAGGAGAAAUCUCCUCAAUGUCAGCGUUAUGGCUGAUUCCGCAGCUCACACUUGCAGGCAUAGCAGAAGCUUUUGCUGCCAUUGGACAAAUGGAGUUUUACUACAAGCAGUUUCCUGAAAACAUGAAGAGCUUCGCAGGUUCUAUCUUUUAUGUCGGUGCAGGGGUUUCGAGCUACCUCGCUAGCUUCUUGAUCUCAACUGUUCAUCGAUCAACUGCGCAUUCACCUUCAGGGAAUUGGUUAGCUGAGGAUCUGAACGAAGCGAAAUUGGAUUACUUCUACUUCAUGCUCACAGGACUCAUGGUUGUUAACAUGGCUUACUUCUUGUUGAUGGCGAAAUGGUAUAGAUACAAAGGCGGUAAUGAUGAAAUCAUCACUGAGAUUGAGACCAACGAAGAAGAGACCAAGCAACAGCAGCUACAAGACAAGAACUCUGUCUAAUCUGGAAACUUAUAUAUUUUUGGUCUUCUACUUCAAUCUCCUAUUUCUUGUUGUAGUUUUUCUUUACCCGAAAUCAAUCUUGUUGUACUUUAUAGAUUAAUUGAAGAAGAAACACUUCAUCUUUAUAGACAUGUAUUGUAAAAUAAAAUUUUUGUUGCUAA